ACUAAAAUCGGACAACAGGUUUAGGAGAUUCGAGACAUCAAAAAUGACCCAUUUUUAAGGUGUACCGAUUUUUUUGGCCAGGAGUGUAUAUUCAGUUUUGUGAGGAGUUCCACAACUUAAAUUUAAAAAUUAAAAAGCCCAAAGUACCUUUCCUGUUCAAAAUGUGGUAUGUUAGACAUGCAACUAAAAGUAUGUUCUGAGAAUGAAAACCAGUAGCUUUUAAAUCAAAACAUGACCACCUUGAUAACAUGGAGUAUGCGUAUGAGUCUAAACACAAAGAAGUGUGACGUGAUUUUGUCACGCGACUGUUUUUAGCUCCUUGCCUAUUUAUUUAUUGUGAGAGGUUGUUUACAUAAUUUGAUUUAUGUCCGAGACCUUUUUAACAGGUAUAUUAACCUCGAUAUUUCUUUCUAGAAAAUGCUUAUUCGAUAUUUGUGUAAAUAACCCUUCGAUUGUUGUUCUAGAAUGGGAUGGGCUCUUCCGUGAUAGUGUUUCUUAUUCUGGAACAUUGUAAUAAAAUAUAUAAAUAGGGGAUUUGAAAUUAGUGAAGUCAGUUACUAAUUUCGACGCGAUAUUAUAUUGUUACGUUUUUGUGAACGGGUUUGAAAUGUAUUUUUAAAGUAGAUAAAUAAAUAUUUGCAAAUGAAUUAAAUAAGUUAGUAUGUAGGUGUAAAAUAAAUUAGAUAUAUUGUUGUAAAAUUAAGUGUUAAAUUGUAAGUGUUAUAAAUUAAACAAUUUCAAGUAAGUCUUUUAUUUAUUUAAUAAUAAUUAAAAGUCAAUUCGCGUAAUAGUUCACAAAUAAAUAAAUCAGUACAGUAAUAACCCAACAACUGGUGAUCAGAAGUGGAUAAAAUCAACAUAAAUUUGUCGACUUUAAUAUAGUGUUGAAUCUUUUAAAAAUAAAUAAAAUAUAAAUCGUAAUAAAUAAAGUGUGUGAUCAUGUCUACCUUGUGUAAGCUAAAAAUUGCAGACCUGAGACUUGAAUUGGAAGAAAGGGACCUGAGUUCUACUGGGAAAAAGGCUGAUCUAGUCGAACGUCUAAAGAACGCUCUUCAAGAAGAGGGUCAAGAUCCAGAAACCUAUUUGUUUGAAGACAAGCAUGCUGCUUUGAUUUCGUCAAUUACGUCGUUAGAGAACAAAGUUUCUAGUGAAAUCUCCCAAGUUUCCUCGGAUGUUUUGAAAGUUUCGACAGACAUUACAUCGCUAGAGAACAAAGUUUCGACAGACAUUACAUCGCUAGAGAACAAAGUUUCGACAGACAUUACAUCGUUAGAGAAAAAGGUUUCUAGUGAAAUUUCCCAAGUUUCCUCGGAUGUUUUGAAAGUUUCGACAGACAUUGCAUCGUUAGAGAAGAAAGUUUCGGGUGAUAUUUCAUCCCUUGACAGCAAAAUGACUAACGAGAUCUCUAAAAUCACUUCGGAUUUUGACGACAAGAUAUCGUCCAUAAAAUCUACUUUUGAAGAAAAGAUCAAGGAAAUAGAAAAGAAACUGGAGGAAACGGAAAAAGUGGACAAAGUGGUAGAACCCAUCUUAACAGACAUUAAAAAUGAUGAAACCAAAUACAAAUUGGAGCCACGGUCGAUAGUUGAAGGGAGUGUGGGUCAUGCUCGGGUUAAGGUGCCAAAUUUCGACGGAAAGUCGUCAUGGAACAGUUAUAAGAAACAAUUUGAAACAGUUUCAAGAGCGAACGGAUGGUCUGAAAAAGACAAAGCUGUAAAUCUGGUUAUUGCUCUUCGAGGAGAGGCUUUGGAUGUACUCCAGACCAUAGCUGUAGAGGAGACGAAUGAUUUUGAACAACUCAUGAAGAGACUAAACAUGCGUUAUGGGCACGAACAUUUGGAGUAUGUCUAUCAGGCGCGGCUUAAAAACCGACGACAAAAGAAAGAUGAAGCUCUUCAAGAAUAUGAGCUAGAUAUUGCCAGGCUAGUACGAUUCGCUUAUCCAACAGCUCCCGAAGACAUGAGGGAAAUAUUGGCUGUUCAAACAUUUAUGGAUGGUCUUCGUGAUGUUGAAAUGCAGAGAACACUGCGAUUAGCUCCUCACAAGACGCUGGUCGAUGUAUUGUCCGCGACCCUCGAGUUCGAAUCAGCUACGCAGGCCUCUGGUGAGUACAGUGCAGUUCGAACUGUGAAAGAAGAAGAGGAUGAAGACAAACUUGACCAGCUGGUAAAUAUGGUGAAAGGCUUUACAUCGAAGAAAACGAAGACCAUGAAUUGCUGCAAUUGUGGUGAAAAUGGGCACGCACGGAGUUUAAAGAAGAACGCAAAUCAAGAAACUCGCCAGCAGGAAAUAAGAGAACGCACAGACCCUAGGAGGGCAGCCUCGACUCAGAACUCCUCUAAAGACCAUCUAAUACUAAUAGCUUCUUUGAAAUGUCGUGAGGAUAGUGUAUAUGUAGAUGGAGAAAUAAAUGGUAAAAAGUAUACAUUGUUGGUGGAUACCGGGGCGACCAGGACCAUUAUACGACCGUCAAUUGUAAACAGCCGUAAGAAACUCGUACCAACGAGGUUGCGACUGCGGACUGCCAUAGGUGAAAAUGCCAACACCCACGGAGAAAUCCAGAAGGGAUUGGAGCAGAAAAGUUCGUCCAUACCGUCAUAG